AUGUCUUCUGUUACUAGACCUCUAGUCUUAUCCCAUGGUUCAUUAGAAACAACCAUUUUGAUUCCUUCGGACUCUUAUCUACUUUACCAGCAAUUCACAUCUGAUUUCAAAAAAUUCUUACCAGAACCAACUGAGGGUUUUGCAAAUGACGAUGAACCAUCUUCUAAAUCCGAAUUGUUGACUAAAUUCUUAGGCUACAUUAUCGAAUCUUCUGCUUCACAGGAAGAAAAGGAACAAGCUGCAAAGUUGGUGUUGGAUGAUUUCGAAUCUAGAUACCUACAAUCAACGGAUAUUCAUACUUUUGCUUCUCAAUUACUUGCAUCCGAAGAAUAUCCAACUUCAUUACUAAAAAUCAAUAAGAAUUUAAUCAAGAACUACUUCUCUGCAAAGGUCUUCACCCAUUCCUUGGUAACAAAGUCAUCUGCUUCAUCAGCUCUUUUCAAUGCUGCUGCUAAUGAUAAGGCAUCAGUUUACGCCAUCUUUGGAGGUCAAGGUAAUACCGAUGACUAUUUUGAAGAAUUGAGGGAUAUAUACCAAACUUAUAAUGGAUUGAUUGCAGAGUUCUUAUCUAAGGUUCAAUCCAAGGUCCAAGACUUGAUUUCCUCCACCUCUGAUAUUGACAGAAUCUAUACCGAUGGCUUUGAUUUUAUUAACUGGUUGAAGAAUCCUUCUCAAACUCCUAGUACCGAAAAAUUAUUAUCAAUUCCAGUCUCUUGUCCUUUGAUUUGUGUUAUCCAAUUGUGUCACUAUAUAAUCACUUGUAAGACAUUAGGAGUUACACCAGGUCAAUUCAAAUCUUAUUUAAAUGGUACCACCGGUCAUUCUCAAGGCUUAGUCACUUCCUUAGUUGUUGCAUCUUCUGAUUCCUGGGAAUCUUUUGAAGUUGAAGCUUUAAAGGCAGUCGAAUUCUUGUUCUAUUUAUCAGUCAGAUGUUUACAAGCAUAUCCUUCAACUUCCCUUUCCCCAUCAAUGGUUGCAGAUUCUGAAGAAAAUGGUGAGGGAAAACCAGGUCCAAUGUUAUCAGUCAGAGAUUUGUCUGUUUCCGAAGUUGAAUCUUUCAUUGAACAAACCAACCGUCAUUUACCAGAAGAAAGACACAUUCAAAUCUCGCUCGUGAAUGGUGCCAGAAAUGUUGUUGUCACUGGUCCUCCAGAAUCUUUAUAUGGUUUUAACUUAAACUUGAGAAAUGCAAAGGCCCCAGCAGGUUUAGAUCAAUCCAGAAUCCCUUAUUCUCAAAGAAGACUGAAAUUCUCUUCUAGAUUUUUACCAAUCUUGUCUCCAUUCCACUCUAAAUUACUUGCACCUGCGACUCCGAGAAUCUUGGAAGACUUUAAGAAGCACAAUUUAGACUUCUCUGUUGAAAAGUUGUCUAUUCCUGUUUACGAUACUUUUGAUGGGAAAGACCUCCGCGAGUAUAGCGGUUCUUUAGCUGCUAGAGUUGUUGAUUGUAUCAACACUUUACCAGUUAACUGGGAAACCGCUACCAAUUUCAAGGCUUCUCAUUUGAUUGAUUUUGGUCCAGGUGGUGUUUCUGGUUUAGGUGUUCUUACACACAAGAAUAAGGAAGGUACCGGUGCAAGGAUCAUUGUUGCUGGCACUCUCGAAGCUUCCAAUGUUGACGCUGAAUAUGGUUUCAAGCAAGAGUUGUUUGAUCAAAGUCCAGAUUCUCUAACGUAUGCUCAAAACUGGUUGAAUGAGUUCAAACCAAAAUUGAUUAAAACUUCUGAAGGCAAGAUUUAUGUAGAUACCAAAUUUUCAAGAUUAAUUUCUAAAGCUCCAUUGAUGGUUCCUGGUAUGACACCAACCACUGUUUCCCCAGAAUUUGUUAUUGCGACCAUCAAUGCCGGAUAUACCAUUGAAAUUGCCGGUGGUGGUUACUUUGCCGAACCUCAAAUGGUUCAGGCUUUAACCAAGGUUGCUGAAAAUAUCAAGCCGGGCUCUGGCAUUGGUGUCAACUUGAUUUAUGUCAACCCAAGAAUGUUGCAAUGGGGUAUCCCAAUGAUCAAGAAGUUGAGAGAAAGAGGCUUCCCAAUUCAAUCGCUAACGAUUGGUGCAGGUGUUCCUUCUUUAGAGGUUGCCAGCGAAUAUAUUGAAACUUUAGGCUUGACUUACUUAGGUUUGAAGCCUGGUUCUAUUGAUGCCAUUGGUCAAUGUAUUACUAUUGCUAAGGCACAUCCGAACUUCCCAAUUGUUGUUCAAUGGACCGGUGGUAGAGGUGGUGGACAUCAUUCUUUUGAAGAUUUCCAUCAACCAGUCUUACAAAUGUAUGCCAAGAUUAGAAGGUGCUCUAACAUAAUUUUAGUUGCUGGUUCUGGUUUUGGUUCAGCAGAGGAUACUUAUCCAUACUUGACUGGUUCUUGGUCUAAGAAAUUCAACUACCCUGAGAUGCCAUUUGAUGGUUUCUUGUUUGGUUCCAGAGUUAUGGCUGCCAAGGAAGCAAAGACUUCUUUGGAUGCUAAAAAAGUCAUUGUUAGUUCCACUGGUGUUCCAGAUGGACAAUGGGAGCAGACUUACAAGAAGCCGACAGGUGGUAUUUUAACUGUCAAAUCUGAGAUGGGUGAGCCAAUUCACAAGAUUGCUACUAGAGGUGUUAAGUUCUGGAAGGAAGUUGAUGAUACCAUCUUAUCUUUGCCAAAACCAAAGAUGUUGGAAGCUUUGGAAAAGAAGAAGGACUACAUCAUUUCUAAAUUGAAUGCAGAUUACCAGAAACCAUGGUUUGGUAAAAAUGCCGAUGGCGUGUGUGAUGUUAAAGACAUGACUUAUUUUGAGAUUGCCCAGAGAUGUGUUGAAUUAUUAUAUUUGAAGAAACAUAGCAGAUGGAUUGAUCCUUCUCUGAGAGAUUUCACAGGUAAAUUUUUAAGAAGAGUCGAAGAAAGAUUUUCCAAGAAAGCAGGCACUUCUCUUAUUCAAUCAUUUACUGAGCUAGAGAAACCACACGAAGUUUUGGAUGCUGUAUUUGGCAAAUAUCCAGCUGCAAAGAGUCAACUGGUCAACGCUGAAGAUGUUGAUUUCUUUAUUGGAUUAUGUUUGAACCCAUUCCAAAAGCCUGUUCCUUUUGUUCCUAUCUUGAAUGAUAAAUUUGAAUUUUUCUUUAAGAAGGAUUCAUUAUGGCAAUCUGAAAACUUGGAAGCUGUUGUUGAUGAAGAUGUUCAAAGAACAUGUAUCUUACAUGGUCCUGUUGCAACCCAAUUCGUUACUAAGGUCAACGAGCCAAUUAGUGAAAUCUUAGACUCUAUCCACGAAGGUCAUAUUGCUAAGUUAUUAGCUGAUGAGUACAAUGGUGACGAAUCUUCAAUUCCAGUUGUGGAAUAUUUUACGUCUAAUGCUUCCGCCAAGCCAACUUCUGUAGAAGGUGUCGCUAUUAAUGAAUCAGGCGAUGAUGUCACAUAUACAAUUGAUUCAGUCGUUCCUAACUCUGAAGAGUGGUUCCAAUUACUAGCCGGUGAGAAGUUCAACUGGAGACAUGCCUUUGUCUCAUCAGCAAUUUUCGUUCAAGGUUACAAUCACGUUGCCAAUCCAGUCAAGAAGGUUUUGGCUCCUGCCAAGAAGACUGUUGUUAAAAUUUCCAACGUAUCCGAUGCGUCGAAAACUGUCAUUUCUUUGUCUCAACAAAUCAAGGGUAAAUUAAGAGAGGUUGUUAGAGUUUCUGCAACUGGUAACAAGAUCAACAUGAAUUUGAUUGAAUCCAGAACUGCUGAUGGUACCGCAGUACCAUUGGAACUUUUCUAUCAUUACGAUCCGUCUGAUGGUUUUGCUCCAAUCUCUGAAGAAAUGGAAGGCAGAAACCAAAGAAUCAAGGAAUUCUACUGGAAGGUCUGGUUUGGUACUUCCACUCCAGUGGAUUUGGAUUUCUCUGUCGAGUCUAGAAUCGAUGGUGGCUCCAUGGAAAUCAACUCCAAGGAUAUUGCUCAAUUAACACACUCCAUUAAUAAUUCAUGUGAAUACUUUGUUCCAAGAGCAGGUAGGAACCAAUUGGCACCAAUGGAUUUUGCUAUUGUUAUUGGUUGGAAAGCUAUCAUGAAGGCUAUUUUCCCAAAGACAGUUGAUGGUGACAUCUUGAAGUUAGUUCACUUGUCUAAUGCUUAUGCUAUGCUACCCAAUGCAGAGCCAUUAAAGGUUGGUGAUAAGGUGUCUUCUGACGCAGAAAUUGUGUCUGUUGUCAAUGGCCCAACUGGUAAGACAGUUGAAGUUGUUGGUACCAUUUACAGAGAUGACAAGGCUGUUAUGCAAGUUACUUCUGCAUUCUUUUACAGAGGCAAUUACACAGAUUUUGAAAAUACCUUUGAGAAAACCAAGGAAACUCCUGCGCAAGUUACUAUUGCAAAUGCAAAGGAUUCAGCUGUGUUAAUGUCUAAGGAAUGGUUCCAUAUUGAAGAAGGCGUUGAAUUGUUAAAUAAGAACCUGAUUUUCAGAUUAGAGUCUGUUUACAAGUUUAAGUCUGCUGAUGUUUACUCUUAUGUUUCUACUACUGGUAAUGUCUACUAUGAAUCUCCGACUAAGGAAAUUAAGAAGGCAGCAGAAAUCAAGUAUGAAGCUGCAGCAUCUUAUGGUAAUCCAGUUAUCGACUAUCUCAAGAGAAAUGGUACUCCAAUUGAGCAGCCAAUCAUGUUUGAAAAUGCGAUUCCAUUAGCCAGAUCAUUAGAAACUAAGGCACCAUCAUCUAACGAGACAUAUGCUGCAGUUUCGGGUGACUACAAUCCAAUUCAUGUUAAUAAGGUAUUUGCUGCAUAUGCUGACUUACCUGGCACUAUUACACAUGGUAUGUAUUCUUCUGCUUCUGUUAGAUCUUUAGUUGAAAUGUAUGCAGCUGAUGCUGUAGCACCUAGGGUAGUUGCAUACAAGGCUAAUUUUACCGGUAUGGUUUUGCCUAAUGACGAUUUAGUCACCAGAUUAGAACACGUUGGUAUGAUCAAUGGUAGAAAGAUUGUUAAGAUUGAAACUAAGAAGGUACAAACUGAUGAAACUGUUUUACUUGGUGAAGCCGAGAUUGAGCAGCCAGUUUCCACCUUUGUUUUCACUGGCCAAGGUUCUCAAGAACAAGGUAUGGGUAUGGACUUGUACAACUCUUCCGAAGUUGCUAAAAAUGUUUGGGAUAGAGCUGAUAAGCACUUGAUUGAAACUUACGGUUUCUCAAUCUUGGACAUUGUUAAAAACAAUCCUAACGAAUUAACUGUUCACUUUGGUGGUCCAAAAGGUAGAGAAAUCAGGGAAAACUAUAUUUCUAUGAUGUUCGAAACCGUUGCUGAUGAUGGCUCUUUAGUUUCUGAGAAGAUUUUCAAGGAAAUUGAUGAAGAUACUGCAGAAUAUACCUUCAGAUCACCAAACGGUUUAUUAGCUGCUACCCAGUUUACCCAACCGGCCUUAACUUUAAUGGAAAAGGCUGCAUUUGAAGACAUGAAAUCUAAGGGCCUUGUUCCAGCAGAGUCAAUGUUUGCUGGUCACUCUCUUGGUGAAUAUUCCGCAUUAUCCUCUUUGGCUGAUGUCAUGCCAAUUGAAUCUUUGGUUGACGUUGUUUUCUACAGAGGUAUGACCAUGCAAGUUGCUGUUCCUAGAGAUGCCUUAGGUAGAUCUAAUUAUGGUAUGUGUGCUGUUAACCCAACCAGGGUCGGACCAACUUUUACAGAUUCGGCAUUAAGGUUUGUUGUUGACCAUAUUGGUAAACAAACCGGUUGGUUAUUAGAAAUCGUCAACUACAAUGUUGAGAAUCAACAAUAUGUUGUUGCAGGUGACUUGAGAGGUUUGGACACCUUAACAAAUACUUUGAACGUUUUCAAGUUACAAAAGAUUGAUAUUGUGAAAUUACAAGAGAUGAUGUCUUUAGAAAAGGUUGCUGAACAUUUAACUGAAAUUGUUGAAGAAGUUGCUCAGAAGUCGCUAGCAAAGCCACAACCAAUCGAGUUGGAAAGAGGUUUUGCAUGUAUUCCAUUGAAGGGUAUUUCUGUUCCUUUCCAUUCGUCCUACUUGAGAUCGGGUGUCCAACCUUUCAAGAGAUUCUUGGAAAAGAAGAUUCCAAUGUCUGCUGUUAAACCAGCCGCUUUGAUUGGUAAAUACAUCCCUAACUUAACUGCCAAACCAUUUGAGCUAACCAAAGAAUAUUUCCAAGACGUUUACGACCUCACCGGUUCCGAGAAAAUCAAGGAAAUCAUUGAUAACUGGGAAAAGUAUGACGCUUAA